AUGGAGGUGGAUGGAGACUGUGAUGAGACCGUGAUUGGAAACAAAGCGGUGGAAAAUGCGACAUCACCGCAUCCUCAGCGGCGCCGUUUGCUCUUGUCGACAGAUAGCGCUUUCGCCAGCAUCGUUCUCCCGUCCCUCGUUCAGAACCCAUACAUCGAACUGCGACUGAUCACAGACGAACCUUCGGCUUUGCUCACGGGCACCAACAAGAUCCCACACUACAUGGAUACGGUCGACAGCCAAACGUUCGACAAGAAAACCUGCGCGCGGAGAUGGCUCAAGGCGAAAACGGCGGAGCUAUGCGAAUGGGCAGACAUGCUUUUGGUUGCGCCCAUCGAUGCCGGGACCUUGGGGGCGAUGCUGGCCGGCUUGACAAAUACCUUGACGUUGGCGCUUCUUCGUGGCUGGGUCUCGAAGAAACCUGUGAUUCUCAUUCCAGGAAUGACUGUGUCGGAAUGGGAUCACCCGCUCAGCAGUCGACAACUCGGUGAAAUCAGUCGUUUUUGGCCUUGGAUUUGCACUGUUAAGCCUGUGCUCUGGAAGUCAAAUGGACCCGAGGACCUAACGAUUCUGCCUUGGGACGGCUUGAAAGAGUUACACCAGGCGCUGGAGACAACAUUAAAGUUACCCCCGUGGGAAGCCACCCUAUCGGCUAGAGCAAACACCCAUGUCGCCGCGGUCCCGGCUCAGACUGCAUCGAAAACUAGCUCUGGGAGUGCGACCAGCUCCACACCACAAACGAAACAUUCGGGUAAUGCCGACUUUUUACCACUGGAAAUAUGGCUGAAUGUCUUCGAGGAUCAACUACGAGACUGGGAAACAGCGAAGGCCGUGGGAAUUCCAACUCACCUCCCUGUUCCCCAAGAAUGGCAAAGUCAUUUACCUAAAAUGUCCACCACGGCCACACUUGAAUAUACUAUUUUGCGAGGAUCUUUCGCUGCAAUAAAAAAGCGCAUCGAUGCGCUCCCUCGCUGGAAGCCGCUGUCCGAUCUUGCUUGCCACCUAAUUGUCAAAUUUUCCCGCACUGACAUCCUUUCCUAUCUCACCGAAAAUCACCUGGACCUUCUCUGGACAACUUCUCGACUCACCAAUAUUACAUACCGAGCAUCCGCAAUCUACGGUAACCCGAAUGUUCUGACAUGGUGGCGCGAUGCGCCCGCUCUCCCAAACAAAGAGUACAUGGCCGAUGCUAUGGACGGCGCCUCCCGAGCCGGUUUUGUUGACGUUUUAGACUGGUGGCUCCACUCAGGGCUCCCGCUGCGAUACAGCGAGCGCGCCCUUGAAGCUGCCAGCGCUGAAGGUCGAGUCGCCGUGCUUGACUGGUGGAAAGCCGCUUCGGCCAACGCCCCAAAGACCAACCCCUUGCCUCUCAAAGUUGGCAAGUCCGUCCUGCUCGCCGCGCAAUCAGGCCGCACCGCAUCCCUUGCUUGGUGGGACGCAUCAGGUAUACCUUAUAGCCACGCCGAAAAUGUUGCCCGCAUCGCGAGCACGCAUGGCCAUGUCCAUGUGCUCGAGUUCUGGUAUAAACUCAAGGGCCCGAAGAUGAUCUUUGAUAACCAGGUAUUGGUUGGCCCGACCAAGAAUGGCCAUGACCACAUUCUGCAAUGGUGGAAAACCUGCGGUUUACGGGUUGAAUUCAAGACUUGUGAUAUUGAGGAAGCGCUUGAGGAUGCUGAUCCAAGCUCUGGAGCUGAGGGUCGUGUCCGGCGUUGGUGGGAACGAAAUGGGCUUAACCUUGGAGUUGGUACGAGUGAGUGGAUGAGAUCGAAGGUUCUGUGA